UUCUUGCAGCGUCGGAGUUUUGUAGGAGAUUUUCAGUUGGAGAUGUUUGGUAGGUGAGAAAACACGUUGAAACUGUUAUGUACCUAUAACAUAUCAAGUUAAUCGUCUACGCGAUGGUAGAAACUUUGCUACCAGUAGGUAGAUGCAAUACAAAAGGGAAACAUCAUAUUCACAUUAUUAGCCUCCUUUCAGAAAGAAGAAGAAGGGUUUGAUCAUCAAGAAGCAAUGAUGCCAUGUGUGCCAGCUCCAGAUGGGGAGUUACCGGAAAAAGGUGGCCACAACAAAAUUUGUUCCUUGGCCGGUAGAGAUAAGGUUUUGUGAACCUAACACUAAAACAAACCAGAAUAAAUCUGAGCCAAGUUUGAGGUAUUGGUUUAGAGCCAAAGGAAAACUUUCAGAUGACCAAGCUUUGCAUAGAUGUGUGGUGGCCUUUGCUUCAGAUCUGAUUUUUAGUAGUGUUAGUUUGAACCCACACCGAAGAACAGGUUUUAUGUCAGCUCCCCUUAGCCUGGACCACUCGAUGUGGUUCCACAGGCAACUUAGGGCUGACGACUGGUUAUUGUUCGUGAUUUUAAGUCCUACAUCUUGUGUCGCCCAUGGCUUUGUUUCGGGCCAAAUGUUCAACAGAAAGGGAGAGGUAAUUAGUUUACCUUUUCUUUAUCUCGUUGUUCCUUCUCUUUUUCCACCAAUUCCCUUUGUUGUCGUACUUUGUGUAUCUUGAUUUGCAGCUCGUUGUAUCAUUGACACAAGAAGCA